ACGAGGUGAGAACGUUGCAAGGCAUGGCGACUCUGGAUUCCGACGUGACGAUGGUUCCGGCCGGCGAGCCCUCAGGCAGCGCCGGUCCUUCUUCUUCCAACAAGAAGCCCAAGCGCUUCGAGAUAAAAAAGUGGAAUGCCGUCGCUCUCUGGGCUUGGGACAUCGUUGUGGAUAAUUGCGCUAUCUGUCGGAACCAUAUCAUGGAUCUCUGCAUUGAGUGCCAGGCCAACCAGGCUAGCGCCACUAGCGAGGAAUGCACUGUAGCUUGGGGGGUUUGUAACCAUGCUUUUCACUUCCAUUGCAUAAGCCGAUGGCUCAAGACCCGUCAAGUAUGUCCCCUAGAUAACAGUGAGUGGGAGUUUCAGAAGUACGGUCACUAGAACUUUGAUGCCGUUGAGCUACUGCCUGCUUAGACAUUUGGACUGUAUCUAUUUCUGUUGAACGUUUAUCGCCCUCCCUACAUUUGUUGUCCUUUGCUCGCCUUCUGGAGUUUCACCGCUAUCUUUCAAAAACGUCACUUCUAUAUGGUUUCUCAGAUUGUUACACCUCCAUAUCUACAGUCGAUCAUAUCGUUAUUUUAGCAUACAAAUGUGGCACCUCUAGCGGUGGUGAUCCACUCAAUGACAUAUGAUAUAUGGAAUAUUGCAACACAUAAUUUACUGCAAAUAUUCUCGAAUAGGAUAUAAAAAGAACAAUUCUAUGUCUU